CUAACCUUCUACUCAUUUUCUACAACCCUAACUACACCCUCUCAUGUAUAACUUCCGCCACUCACCCACGCAGCAGCAGCCGUCGAACCUCUGCCCGCCUUCUAGCUGCCAACCAUCGUCCAUCGCCGCCACCGCCUUCCAAAGGUCGAUCUCUAGCCUGGGAGCACAAUCGCCCGACCUGGGUGUCAAGGCACCGCCCGCCGGCCACCGUCCAGCACAAGAAGAUGCCCAGUUUCACAAAUCUGAUUUCGCGAAGAGAAAAGCUCACUCUUAUAAGGCGGCGGCGGCGGUCGUCCAUAACUUCUUCUUCUCUUCUUUUUUGAUCGCUUAUCCCUACUUCUGCCCCUCCUAUUCUUUUCAAUCGUGACUGCAGAGCGUCGAUGGAGCGUCGUUUACGACAGAUAGGCUGGUCUUGAAGAUGGAAUUUGAAAGCUAGGCUUCGGAAUUAGAGAACUUUGGGAAAAAUUGGGAAUACGUUGAAAAUGGGAAUGCAUUGAGAAUUGGAAUGGUAUUAGAGAAUGGCGGCUUGAAAUGCAUUGAAAAG